UCACGGUCACUAAAUUAAAAUAUUUGUUGUUGGUGUCUCACGUUUUGUUUUUAAACGCCGUGCAGAGUGCAGACAUCGACGACACUGUGACACACUGACACACACAAAAAACUUCAAGAAUGGAUCACCGGACGAAGCGGGUGGCCAUCGUCGGCGCCGGAACGAGUGGCGUCGCGGCGUGCAAGCACCUCCUGGCGAGGGGCUUCCGGCCGGUGGUGUUCGACGCCGGCGCGUCCGUCGGCGGCCAGUGGACGCGCACGCUCGCGUCCACCAGGCUCCAGUCGCCGCACGUCGCCUACCGCUUCUCCGACUUCCCGUGGCCGGACUCCGUCGACUGGUACCCGCGCCACGACCAGGUCGUCGACUACCUCGCCGCCUACGCGCGCCGCUUCGCCGUCGACGAGCGCGUCAGGUUCCGGUCCACGGUCCUCGCCGCGGAGUUCGUCGGCGACGACGCGGCGGACGGGUGGGAGCGGUGGAACGGCAACGGCGAGGCGUUCGGCGACGGCUCCGGCGCGUGGCGCCUCACCGUGCACCACGACGACACGGACACCACGCAGGUGUACGAGUUCGACUUCCUCAUCCUCUGCAUCGGGAGGUUCAGCGGCGUGCCGAACAUCCCGGCGUUCCCGCCCGCCGGCGGCCCCGACGUGUUCCGUGGGCGGGUGAUCCAUUCCAUGGAGUUCUCCGACAUGGACGACGCGGACGCCGCGGCGCUCGUCAAGGGCAAGCGCGUCGUCGUCGUCGGCUCCGGAAAGUCCGCCUUCGACAUCGCCGCCGAGUGCGCCGAGGCCAACGGCGUCGAGCAGCCGUGCACGAUGAUUUGCAGGAGCCCACGGUGGCUACUGCACGACACCAAUGUCUGGGGCAAGGUGGACAUCGGCUACAUCUACUUCACCCGCUUCGCCGAGCUGAUGGUCCGGAAGCCCGGCGCCGGCGUCGCGUCGAACCUCCUCGCCACGUUCCUGUCACCUCUGGGGUGGUUGAUCUCGAAGCUGACAGAGGCGUACUACAAGAAGGAGAUACCAAUGGAGGAGCACGGGAUGUCGCCGGAGUACGGGCUGUCGAAGUCGCUCUCGUCGUGCCUGAUCGGCAUGCUGCCGGAGAGGUUCUACGACAAGGUGAAGGAAGGCAGCGUCGUCAUCAAGAGGUCGGCGAAGUCCUUCACCUUCCGCGACGACGGCCUGGUGCUGGACGACGACGGCGGCGGCGGCGGCGAGCGCGUCGUCCAGGCCGACCUGGUGAUCCUCGCCACGGGGUUCCGCGGCGACGAGAAGCUGAGGCGCAUGUUCGCGUCGCGCCGGGUGAGGGACAUCGUCGCCGGCUCGCCGGAGACCGCCGCGCCGCUGUACAGGGAGUGCGUGCACCCGCGCGUGCCGCAGAUGGCGGUGAUCGGGUACUCGGAGAGCGCGACGAACAUCCAGACGUGCGAGAUGCUGACCAAGUGGGUGGCGCGGCUGCUGGACGGCGCGUUCCGGCUGCCGCCGGUGCGGCGGAUGGAGGCGAGCGUGGCGGAGUGGGGGAGGUACAUGAGGCGGAGCGCCGGCGAGGAGCACUUCCGGCGGUCGUGCCUCGGCGGCGUCGGCAUCUGGUACAGCGACGAGCUGUGCCGCGACAUGGGGUGCGACCCGAGGAGGAAGAAGGGGCUCCUCGCCGAGUGGUUCCAGCCCUACGGCGCCGUCGAUUACGCCGAUAUCCAGUAACUUUUUUUUUAUACGUUGACACGUUGCUACAAAUAAUGCAGUGUAAAAGUUGAAUUCAGAGGAUCUAAAGUUGAAUUCUGGGAGAGGGGCUAAAGAAAUGAGUGGUGGGAGAAUUUGGUAGGUGUAGUAUGUGGCAAUGGUAUGUUAAAUGGGCCAAAAUAAGUUGGGCCUUAGGCUAGUACUAGUUGGGUAUAUGGUUGUGGGCUAUAUGGGCAUCUUAUUCCGUAUUGGAGAAAAGUCCAAUGUAACUCCCUCAAAAUAUAGGUCGGAUCUAAUUCCCGCCCAUCAUCUGUAAAACCGAUAUAUCGACACCUCCAACAACUUAAAACUGGGUAAUCAUAUGUAAAACCAA